AUGGAGAGCACCACCCUCGACGAUGACGGCACUUCAACCAUCUCAGGACGCGCUCCUCCCCCUGUCCAGCCUGCACCUGUAGCCGAUACUCCUAAGCGCCAGGUGCAGCCCAGUGUCAGCAUCGAACAAGCUGCCAAACCGUCGUUCGACAUCAGCGUUGGCGACCCGCACAAGGUCGGAGACUUGACCAGCUCGCACACCGUCUACCAAGUCCGCACAAAGACGACCAGCAAGGCUUACCGAACCCCCGAAUUCACCGUCUCACGUCGCUACCGUGACUUCCUAUGGCUGUAUAACCAACUGCACAACAACAACCCUGGAGUCGUGGUGCCGCCGCCACCAGAGAAGCAGGCUAUGAAUCGCUUCGACCAGAACUUUGUCGAGAGCCGCCGCGCCGCUCUGGAACGCAUGCUCAACAAGUCAGCUGCUCAUCCCGUCCUGCAGCACGAUGGCGAUCUUAAGUUGUUCCUCGAAAGUGAGGCCUUCAACGUCGACAUCAAGCACAAAGAGCGCAAGGACGUCGGCUUACCCGAGACAAAGUCGGGCGGCGGCAUGCUGGGCGCCAUUGGCCUGUCGGUCGGGUCCAGCACUAAGUUUGUCGAACACGACGACGUAAGUGCCGCCUAUUCUUCCUAUAUCGAUACCCUCCCUCCAUCUCCCGCCCUUCCCGAACCCGUCGUCCCUAGUUACCACACUUACACUAUUAUGUCGCAGUGGUUCCAUGACCGCAGGAUCUACCUUGAUGCCCUCGAAACUCAACUCAAGGCUCUCCUCAAAUCUACCGACACGGUUGUUGCUCAGCGUAAAUCAUUAGCCGAGAGCUGCCAGGACUUCUCUGCUUCGUUGCACCAGCUUGCCUCGGUCGAGCUGUCGCCCGAACUUUCUGCUCCUCUUGACGCCUUGUCCGACAUCCAGAUGCGUAUCCGUGACCUUAACGAUCGCCAGGCCCAACAGGACGUCUUGACACUGGGUAUUGUUAUUGACGAGUACAUUCGCUUGAUUGGCAGCAUCAAAACAGCCUUCCAACAACGCCAGAAGGCUUAUCACAACUGGCACACGGCCGAAGCUGCUCUGCAGAAGCUCAAGAAUACGCACGACAAGCUAUUGCGAGCCGGCCGCACUCAGCAAGACCGUCUUUCUCAGAUGCAGGCAGAUGUUGCAGAUGCCGAGCGACGUGUGCACCAAGCACGUCUGCUGUUCGAAGACAUGGGUCGUCUGAUGCGUAGCGAGCUGGACCGCUUCGAGCGCGAGAAAGUCGACGACUUUAAGAGUGGUGUCGAAACCUUCCUCGAGUCAGCAAUCGAGGCGCAAAAGGAACUCAUCGAGCUCUGGGAGACAUACUUGCUACAACUUGACGCCGACGACGACGAGUCGACACCGUACUUUGCCGCCGGCGUCAAUGCCAGCGACCGCAAUGCAGACCAGGAGUCUUCGCAUAGAGAUGUGACGGAAGGCGGAGAGGCGCCUGUAGCGGAUGCUAUCGGUGAAACAAGCAAUACCGAGGAACAGCACUCUGAGCUUGCCUCUGCGGCUACAGAGGUCGAGAGCGAAGCAUAG